GUGCAUGUUGCGGGCUGGGGAUGGGAAAAUCAGGAUGUUUGGCCUGUCAAGGCUGUGACGGCAAUUCCUGCCGACAACGUCGGUUGAACUUUCAAGGCAAUUAGGUACACCCGCAGUUCAUUAACCCAUCCAGACAGUUGCCCGGAGGCCCAGCGAUUGGAUGACCCCUUGCGGAGACUCCCACCACAAUAUGCAGUAUAAGUGACUAAUUUUCAUCACUCGUUUCUAGUCAAGCAUGCAACUCCCAACCCUUUCUCUUCUGAGCGCUACCCUCGUGCUUCUUGUCACCGCGAGCCCUGUGCGAUUUGCUAAGCGCUCGCCGUCAGCCCCUCAUUUUGUCGUUUAUUGGGAUGAAUGGGUUUCCGGCGAGAAUGGUCCGCCUGACCCAUCCGUCGUUCAGGGCUUCAAUGUCUUCAUCCUUUCCUUCCUUCUCGCAAGUGGAACCGCCGCCGAUCAGGCCCAAGAGUGGGCCUCACUCGAUCAAUCUGCUCGUAGCUCCAUCAAGAGUGCUUAUUCCGAUGCCGGAAUUCAAAUGAUGGUUUCUGCUUUUGGUUCCACCGACAGUCCCACCAGCGCGGGCUAUGAUGCAGUCUUAACUGCCAAUAGCAUGGCCUCUUGGGUCAAGAGCUACAAUCUGGACGGUAUCGAUGUUGAUUAUGAAGAUUUCGGUGCAAUCGGAAAAUCCGAUGGCAGUGCCGAAAACUGGCUCAUCACAUUCACCCAGACUCUCCGGAAUGCGUUGCCCUCUCCCGAUUAUAUUAUCACUCAUGCUCCUGUUGCCCCUUGGUUCAGCCCCAUCUACCUUGCUGGUGCUUACACAGGAGUUCAUCGCAAAGUCGGUUCUCUUAUUGACUGGUAUAAUGUCCAAUUCUACAAUCAGGGUACUGAGUAUACUACCUGCGACGGGCUUCUCACUGCUUCUAGCUCUCAUUGGCCUAACUCGUCAGUCUUCCAGAUUUCAAGCACUGCUGGCGUGCCUCUCGACAAAAUUGUUGUAGGCAAGCCGGGCACCGCCGCGGACGCCAACAAUGGAUUCAUGGAUGCUUCCACUCUCUCUGAUUGCGUUUCCGCUGCUAAACGCGAUGGCUGGACUGGAGGUAUCGUGGUCUGGCAAUAUCCUGAUGCCAAUUCCUCUUGGAUCACGCAAGUUCGUGCCUCCAGCUGGCCUGUUGGUGACGACCAUCCAUCGGCCUCAACCUCGAGCACCGCAACCCAAUCGUCAAGCACCACUGCUCCAGCCUCGGGCACCACUACCCCCGCCUCGAGCACCACUACCCCAGCCUCGGGCACCACUACUCCGACCUCGGGCACCACUACUCCAGCUUCGAGCCCCACUACUCCGGCCUCGAGCCCCACUACUCUGGCGUCGAGCUCCACUACUCCGGCUUCGGGCUCCAUAACACUAGCCUCGAGCACCACUGCCCCAGCCUCGAGCACCAGUAUUCCAGCCUCGAGCACCACUACUCCGGCCCCAAGCGCCACGACCUCCCCUCUACCCUCCACCACGCCUAGACACGGACGCUGUGAAGGCGUGAGUACCUGGAGCGGAGCAAUUGCCUACAAUGAAGGCCAUAAAGUAACAUACCAGGGCCACUUAUGGCAGGCCAAGUGCCGGACGGAAGCUGAUGUUCCUGGUGGCUCUGCUGGUGUCUGGGAAGAUCUCGGAGACUGCCAGCCAGGUCAUCGCUCUGCCUGAACAUCUAUCUAUUCCUGCUUCGAGCCUAGAUCACACACUCCAUUUAUUGGUGGCUGUAUAUAGUCUUCUCACAGUGCAGAACAAAAAGGGUAGCAUCCAUUUCCUUGACCUUGGAGGGAUAUAAAUAUGCAGGGACAUGUGUUGAAGAAAAUCAUCAUUUGUAUGUUGUGGUAUUUCAUUUUUAACUCCGUGUGCAUGCUGUAGGCAUAUGUUUCAUCAGGAAACCCCCGAG